AUGGGUGGAGGUUACGGAGGUGGUGGAGACGAUUUCGGUGGAGGAUACGGCGGUCCACCAUACGGAGGAGGAGGAGGAUAUGGUGGAAACGGAGGCGGUGGUGGCCCAGAUUAUGGUGGCUAUGGCGGAUACGGUGGCGGUGGCUACGGUGGUAUGGGUGGAGGCCCUGGAGGAUACGGUAUGGGCGGCUUUGGUGGCGGAGAUUAUGGUGGAUACGGUGGUGGAGGAAUGAUGGGAGGCGGAUAUGGAGGAGGUGGAUAUGGCGGUGAUGGUUACGGUGGUGGUGGAAUGGGAGGUCCUAUGGGUGGUUUUGGCGGCGGAUAUGGAGGAGGUGGAUACGGCGGCGGUUAUGGAGGUGGCGGAUAUGGCGGAGGAGGUUACGGACCUAUGGGAGGAGGCGGCUUUGGAGGUGGAGAUUACGGUGGUGGUGGCUAUGGCGGAAGCCCAUAUGGUGGAGGAUACGGCGGCGAUAUGAUGGGUGGCGGUGGAUGUCCGGGUGGUGGAUGUCGUGGUUAA